AUGCGGCUGCUCAACACCACCACAUUGCAGCUGAAACAGUUCUUGGGUUCGCGGCCACCGUAUGCCAUUCUCUCUCACACCUGGGACGACGAGGAGGUGACCUUUCAGGACAUUCAAGAUAUCCAGGGCUCCGGCGCUUCGUCGAAGAUAGGAUACCAAAAGCUUUCGCGGGCCUGUGAACUGGCACUGAGUGAUGGGUAUGAAUGGAUAUGGAUUGACACUUGCUGUAUCGACAAGACUAGCAGUGCUGAACUAUCCGAAGCUAUCAAUUCCAUGUACAGCUGGUACGGCGCAAGUGAUCUGUGUUAUGCGUAUCUCCUGGAUCACGACGUGUCAACAGGACAGUCGUGGACAUUCGAAAAAAGCCGCUGGUUUCUUAGAGGCUGGACUCUGCAAGAGCUUAUUGCUCCAAGGCGAAUUGUUUUCUAUACCAGCGACUGGUUCGACACUCGACGAGAAGGGGAGGUUGGCACGUGGUACAUGCUAGGGACGAAAACGACUCUCCAGGUCAAGAUAGAGGCCAUAACUGGGAUUGGGGCCCAAGUCCUCCUGGGACUCAAACCUCUGUCCGAGAUCACUGCAGCACAGAAGAUGUCUUGGGCAGCAAAGAGGCUAACCACCCGGGAAGAAGAUAUGGCAUACUGCUUGAUGGGAAUUUUCGACAUCAACCUGCCACUUCUGUACGGAGAAGGAAAGAAGAAGGCCUUUCUGAGGUUACAAGAAGAAAUACUACAUCGGUACGGUGAUUAUAGUCUUCUCGUCACGUCAAGGGUGAGUAACCUCAAUCUCACGAGGGACAAGCAUGAGGGGAUUCUAUUCAGCAGCCCCGUCGGUUUUGGAACCGAGACGAGGAUACUUGAGCUGGAAGGACACGAACCUCGGGCAGAUUAUUGGGACAAAUAUUGGGACAAAGGGAGUUGGAGAGGAAGGGAUGGACAACUGAUGAUGUGGCGCUCUAUCGAUUGGGAACAGGUUUCCGUGGCAAGGGCCAGAAAUGAGGAGACGCAGACAGGAACACUAUCUCGCACAUACAAGAGCCUGGUUGCAGUGAUUCUUUGCUGCCGGAUCAAGGAGGAUGGUCCCACAGCAAGAUUCAUGGCCUGGACCAACUGUUUCUAUGGGGAUCGCGAUCACCUCAUAUUCAUAAACCUGAGUACACGGCCUGAUUCGGACUUUUAUAAAGAAAACGGGCUCGUAUGCCUCCACAAGGACCAGGUACACAGAUGGGGUUUCGAAUGGAAAGAAAUGUACCUCAACCUUUCGACUGAGACGGCAGAUGAAGGUACCUUUUCGUCUAUAGGUAUCUGGACCCCGCUUUCGUCCCCCCGUCCGGGGCGCCCGGACCGUAUCUCGAUAGAUGCCUGGGCAUCGUGGGUUCCAAGAAAGGAACUCCCAAUCAACCCCGACUCCAAGGAACUUGAUGGUAUCUGGCUCGAAGCGUCUGAGCCGAAUUUGACAGUCGGGCCAACACUCAAGCCUGAGGCUAUUAUCAUCUUUUGGGCCCCGGAGUUUCGUCCUCGGCUCAAAUACACCAUUGUGGUAGGGAACGUGAGGGAGGACAUGCCCAGUUUCUGGUGGUGCCACUUCCUCGGUGAGACGAAGGGCAUCACUUCUGCCGAACUCAUGAAGUCUGCGAGAAGAAAGUUUCAGCAUCGAACCGACUUGAGUCUCGAAGAAACUGACUACGUGGAGUUUUACAUACCUGGUGAAAUUUCUUGGGACUCGAUUUGUUUGAGAAUAUCAGUCAACGGACGCGGCCGGAAUACGGUAGUUGUCAAAGCAAGUAUCCACGGGAGAAAAAAGGUCGACUAUUUUAGCCUUAAGGCCGACGACCUAAAAUAUUUGGAAAAGCAACCCAAGCGUAUUCGGAUCAAGCCAGCGCCUUGGCCCCGCUCGCAACAAGAAAUUGACUACGAGGAACGGCGACAGUAUGAGAGCUUCACGGAAACAAUGGUGGAGAUAUAUCAGCAGCAGCUGCUUGAAAAGGAGUUCAAUCAGCCACUCCAUUUCCGCGUGCCAAAGCCAGGCCGGACCCACAAAAAGAUGUUUGCCUGGUUCGACUGCAAUUUUGUCUUUCCCCAUAAAUGUCGUGGUUGUACCAGAGAACAUAAAGGAAUGGGCAAAGAUUUUGGAUAUGUGAAACGCCCAGUAUUGAGGCAAAGAAGGAAAGAUCUGGUAGCCGCCUGGGAACGCGAGGAUCCCAGUAUGAAAGAUUAUGCUUGGUCUCACUUGAUGAAGCCGGAAGCAUUACCGCGUCAGGCCUACGAGAUGACACAGCCACGCGGCACAAACUACUCAAGCUCAACACUUGACCUGGCAGCAGGAUGA